ACGUACGUACAUCUGCAGUGUUCACUCUUUAGAGUUUUCUGAUCCAAUUUUUGAAGAGUAGAGUAAAGAUCGAAAAAUGGCGAGCAUUGGCAACUGUGUUUUUUCAUUGGUUCGUCCGGCAACACCCUCCACGGCGACGAAGCCUCGGCGGCGAAUGGUGGCGGUGAGAGCGGAAUCCAUAAACCCAGACAUCAGAAAGACGGAAGACAAAGUAGUGGACUCCGUCGUCGUCACCGAACUCGCUAAGCCUCUCACUGCUUACUGCAGGUGUUGGAGGUCUGGGACUUUCCCAUUGUGCGAUGGAAGCCAUGUGAAGCACAAUAAAGCUACUGGAGAUAACGUUGGACCGCUGCUGUUGAAGAAACAGUAAACGCUUGCUUUUGAUCACGGCGUCUCCGAUCCGGUCUUUUGAAUCAUUUGAUGAGGAAUAACGAGUCUCAAUGUCAUGUUAAAUUUUAAUUCCAUCUUGUGGAUUCAAUCUAAUCAGAUUUGCCAUUAUUCUUACUUUGAGAAUGAGACUACCUCUCCUUUGCCUAUUUGCUUUGAUUCAACAAUACUCAACCAAAGUUUUGGAGAAUAUCAUAUCGUAUCAAUCUCAUUUCUAAA